CGACUUUUUUCGAUUAAUCGAAUCCUUAACAAUCGAUUAGAAAAUAUCGACAAUCGAAACAAAAACAUCGAUUGUUCGAUUAAUCGAAUUUGAUGUAACAACAUUAAAUGGCAGGGCUUGGAAUGUAUAAUACAAAUGGUUUCGACCGUGUGACAAGUACAUAAGUGCAACGGAGAAAAAACAAAACGUUAAUUUAGAAGAUUAGAAAGAGAGCUGCUUCAUCGAAAUAUUUGGAAUAAAAUCUAAAAUUUGAAGAAAAAAAAAUUCCUUAAAGCCAUCAGUAAACAUCUAUAGGCAUAGGUGGGAAUUGUAAUGCUUAGUUAGUAUUUUCGAUGUUCCCGAUGUGCUGGCAACAUAAAUUAAAUUGUCGUUUCGAAAUCUAAGGGCCCAUUAGGGGUGACGUCUUAUUUAUAGCUACACUUUUUAGUUAGUGUUUCAUUGAAAAAGUUACUUGAACUUGAUAACUAUAAAAAUAAAUGGGUAAGAGAUAUUAUUGCGAUUACUGUGACAGAUCUUUUAAAGAUGAUCCAGAGGCUCGAAAAAAACAUAUAUCCAGCUUACAGCACGUGAAUAAACGAUCUGAGUAUUAUCAGCAGUUUAAAGAUCCGCAAGAUAUUCUUGAAGAUGAAUCGUGGAAAAUAACAUGCAAAAAACUUUUUACUAGUGGUGAAUGUGCGUUUGGGAACAAUUGUAAGUUUUCCCAUUAUUCACCUCUAAUGAUCCAAGAGCUCGAAAAAAUUGUCGCAUGGAGGAAACAAUCAAAAAGCGUAGACUUUAUUCCCAAAAAAUCUAAUUUAUAUGGUAUUAUCAAUGAAUAUUUUGAAAAUCCUUUUGUCACUGAUUACUCACAAGUCAACUAUCCAGUGUGGAAUACUACUACCAACUCAGAAAACUAUGGAAAUUUGCCACCUUCACUUUCGCUGAUGACAUCUAAACAUGUCACUGAUUCAAAUUUCGAAAAAUGGGGUCUUUAUUUUAAAUCAUAAAAAAUUUGGAGAUUAAUUAAAAAUAGUAAUACUUUCAUUUAAAAGUUUUAUAUUAUAAAGUGUGAUUAUGUUUAUAGUAAGACUAAUAAAGAAAAUUAAGCUGUA